AUGGCACCAGUAAUCAAAUCCAUCGAAAGCGACAGCAACCUAGACAUUCCCACGCUCUUAUUCAAAGGAAUCUCUCUGGACUCGACGCGUCUCCUAUCGAUAAAAGAGUUGAUUCUGAAUGACAAGGAAUCACGAAUCACAUCACUCGCACCGUUGAAGCAGUUGGUAGAACUGGAGAUCUUGUAUGCGAGUAAUAAUGGAAUCACGGAUGACAUGCUGUGUGAGAUUGACGGGUUGGAGAAGCUGAGAGUUUUGCACCUAUCACAAAACAAGAUCCGAAAAUUUACAAUUCAAAACCUCCCAUCGCUCGAGGAGCUAAACCUCGCUCGCCAAAAGUCCUCAUCCCACUCAACACCCUUGCAAUUCGACGCUGAAUCAUUAGAAACACUGUCAAACACACUUCGAAAACUCGUAUUGCGUGGUAACUACAUCUCAGUCUCUGGUGUAUACGCUCCUCUACACAUGCUCGAAGAAUUAGACCUGUCUGAAAAUGCAAUCGAACAUCUCAGUGACUUUGAGAUACUGCUGGCAUGCUUGUCGAAAAUGAAGGUGUUCAAUAUUCUGAAUAAUCCGAUUGCGAAGAAGGUGCCGUUAAGGAGACAUUGUAUUUCUUCGUGGGAUCGUAUAGAAUCAUUCAACACAAAACCAAUCGGAUUUGCUGAACGUGUCUGUGUUACGAACAUGAAUGAGCAGCGUAUCAAGAUCAAGCAAGCAAGGUCUUCUACGUCGUCACGACAAGUCAAGACUCUUGAUGAGCCCGAGAUGCUAAGCAGUAAGCCGCUGCCUCAUUUACCUCCGUAUGCAAGUCAAUACCGUGAUCUUAUGGUUCAAAGCUUGUUACCGUCCAAGACAGCUAGAGGUGCAUGA